UUAUUCAUUCCUGUGUUGAUUGAUGAUUUGGUAGACAAAAUAAUUUUUUUUUUCGAACCUAUCGUCAUCAUUGUUGCCAAAAACGUCAUCAUCUUUGGCUGUGUAUUUCUUCCAAUUUUUUUUACCAUAAAUUAAUUUAAUUAAUAUAUAUCGAAUCGAUUGGAUCACGUUUAUUUUUUUUGUGAAUAUAUUAAAUGAUGACAAAAUCAUUUGUAAUUUUAGCCCUUGUGGUGGCCAUAAUACAAACAACUGUCAAUGGUGGUUCAGUCGAUGAUAUCGAACGUGAAGAAAAUGUACUCGUUUUGAAUAAUGAUAAUUUCAAUGAUGCUAUAGCUAUACCGGCCAUUCUUGUAGAAUUUUAUGCUCCAUGGUGUGUUCAUUGUAAAUCAUUGGCACCGGAAUAUGCUAAAGCGGCAACUGAAUUGGCAGCAGAAAAAUCUGAAAUUCUUCUUGCCAAAGUAGAUGCAACAAAAGAAACCGAUCUCGCUGAAAAUUAUGAUGUACGUGGUUAUCCUACAUUGAAAUUUUUCCGCAAUGGUAAACCAAUCGAUUAUAAUGGUGAUCGUACGGCUGAAGGUAUUAUUAAAUGGUUGAAGAAAAAGACUGGACCACCAGCUCAAGAUCUCACAACAGCUGAAGAUGCAGCGAAAUUCCGUGAUAGUCAAGAAGUUGUUGUCGUUGGUUAUUUUCCCGAUAAGGAUAGUGCAAAUGCAAAAUUGUAUCUAGAAGUAGCCGCAGAAAAUGAUGCCAUUCCAUUUGCAUUGAUUACGGAUAAAUCUGUUGCCGAAUCAUUGGCCAUUACUGAGGAUGGUGAACGUGUUGUAUUAUUCAAAAAAUUCGAUGAAAAUCGCAAUGAUUUUGAUGGUGAAUAUAGUGUUGAUAAUCUUAAAUUAUUUAUCGCUGCCAAUUCAUUGCCGUUGGCCGUUGAAUUUAAUCACGAUACUGCAAAGAAAAUUUUUGGCGGUGAAAUCAAAUCACAUUUACUUUUAUUCAUCAGUCAAAAAGAUGAUGAUUAUGAGAAAAAAAUUGAAACCUAUCGUUCAGCUGCCAAAUCAUAUAAAGGAAAAGUUCUUUUCGUCAUAUUGAACGCCGAUGAUGAUGAACAUGAAAAGAUUAUGGAAUUUUUCGGCAUUCAAAAAGAACAGGUUCCAUCAAUGCGUUUGAUUCGUUUGGAAGAUGAAAUGACUAAAUUCAAACCAGAAACAAAUGAUUUCAAUGAACAAUCAAUUAAAGAUUUUGUUGCCGGUGUUUUGGAUGGUAAAAUCAAGCAACAUUUACUUUCACAAGAAUUACCAGAAGAUUGGGAUAAAAAUCCAGUAAAAAUUCUUGUAUCUGAUAAUUUUGAUUCGGUUGCAUUUGAUAAAGAAAAAGAUGUAUUAGUGGAAUUUUAUGCACCAUGGUGUGGACAUUGUAAAAAUUUGGCACCUGUUUAUGAACAAUUAGGUGAAAAAUAUAAAGAUAAUCAAAAUGUUUUGAUUACAAAAAUGGAUGCUACAGCUAAUGAGCUUGAACAUACGAAAAUUGCAUCAUAUCCAACAUUUAAACUUUAUAAACGUGAUACAAAUGAGGUAAUUGAAUAUAACGGUGAACGUACUUUGGAAGGCAUUUCAAAAUUCAUCGAAACGGGCGGCGAUUAUGGACGUGCCGCUCCAGAUUCGGAAGUGGUCGAAGAAGAAGAAUUGGAUAAAGAAAAUCUGAAAGAUGAACUAUAAAAGAUGACGACGAUGCUUUUAUAUAUUAUGAAUUAAAUGUGGACUGAAAUGAAAAUUGGUUGUCUUCGUUUUUUUUUCAUCAUUUUGUAUACAGACAUUUUUAUAUACUUUCUAAAUAAAAAGCUGAAUAUAAGGA